CGCGGUGCCGGCGUCCGUGCACAGACUGGCCGCCCUCGAUCGCGCCACAACCUCGCUUUGGAACCCUCGAGGCCGCCUCGACCUGCCUCGGAACAAUGGGGCUCGGCGCGCGGGGUGCCUGGGCCAUGGUGGCCCUGGGGAUACUGCUGGUGAUGACGCUGAUCAAGUUAGCUGUGGACACUGGAGACUCGGCGGGCUCUCCAGUCACAAAGGAUAACAUACUUCCAGGAAAUUACAAGACUAACCUAACAGGUAAUAUUCCACUUGUGCCUGCCAGCAAUGGCACAACAGCACCAUCAACUGUGCUGAGAUCAAAGAAUCCAACAGGCACAACCGUGAACUUAUCCACAACUCCAGUUUCUUCAGUGUCAAAGUAUGGGACAGGCACUACCAAGAAAUCCACUACACCUGCAACUUCAUCCACAGCUCCAGUUUCCUCACCCUCAAGGAGUGGAACCACCACCACCACCACCAUGAAACCUGUAACACCUUCUAACACAACUUUGACCACCACGAAAUCGACAACUAAGAAAACAAGUGCUUCACCAACCACAACUCAAAAAACUUCAACAUCGUCAGUGACCACAGCCCAUAAUAGUUCGGUGACAUCAGCUUCUUCAUCAGUAACAGUCACAGCAACUGUUAAUUCCAAAGACAGUAAAUCAUCAAAAUUUGACACUGGCAGCUUUUUCGGCGGUAUUGUAUUAACACUGGGAGUAGUAUCUAUUCUUUAUCUUGGAUGCAGAGUGUAUUACUCGAGAAGAGGCAUUCAGUAUAGAACCAUCGAUGAACAUGAUGCCAUCAUCUAAGGGAAUCCCAGACCAGUGGAAAGCAGCUGACGCAGCCCUCUCACUUUCGGUUUAUUAAUAAAACAUUGUUCUAGUCUUGAAAAUAAUAGGCCAUUCCUAUGAUAUACAAUAUAUUGUGUACAUCAUAAGGAUCUAUACAUAUUAAAGUAAAAUGGGUUGGUUUUUAAUGGCCAUCUGUGGCAUUCACCUAGCAAAUAUAGAAUAAAAUGAGCCCUUUGAUGUGACAUGAUUGGUUGCAGGCCUGUGUGACGACACUGAAGGCAUGAUGCCGUCUAGGCACACAGAAAAGGGGCUGUCACAGCACUCAUGAAUUUGUGAAUAUUUGCUGAUCACACAAAGAAUUCAGUGCUUGGCACAAAUCCUAAUUCCUAAUGCCCCACAGAAGUUAAAGUUGUACAAGUGAGCCAGCCAGGAGCUCAGCAGAAUUUCCAGUGUCUCUUUAGAAAGCAUCAAUAUUCUUUAUACUUUUUAAAGAUAAAACACAACCACCAUCAAAAUCAUAAAGUCCCUAACAGUACUCACCUGGGCUUAGUCUCGUUGGUGAACCUGUGUCUUUAUGAACUUCUUUUUGAGAUACCAAUGGCAGUUUCUUUUCUUUCAGUAAAUUACACUGUUUAAUAAUGUUUUUAAAUUAGUAUUACAGAUUAGUGAUUUAGAUUAUCUGCUACUGUGACAUUGUUACUACUGGAAAUGUUUUAUGUUCAGCUAUUAACUUUAGUAAGUUGAGAUGUACAGUUGCUUAAAUGUCUAGAAGUGUUAAUGUAAAUACAUCGAACCAAAAAGUCUUACAAGAUUUUCAAAAUAACAUUUAGGAUGAAAACAUACUGGAGAAAAAGCACAGUAUUCUAGAGACAAGACACCACUGUUAGCAGAGUUUGUUUGAAGUGUUUCCAAUUUAUACUGCAGCACUCAGAACUCAGGGUUAAGUUUGGACAGAAGAGUUAUUUAGUCAUUACUAAAUUCUAACUUGUGUGUUCAGAUUUUGUUUUGCAGAGAAAGCCUUAUAGCAAGGAUUGGGGUAAGAACCUUUUGUAUUAUAGCCAACUGAAGUGAUACGUAGACUCGGGCACUGUACUCAGGUUAGUUUGAAGAGAGAUGUGGACAACAAAUUGUAUGUUAAGAAUCUACUACUUCCAUUUCUUUGCAAAAUAAUUUGAUGUCCUAUAGCAAUGUGUUUCAAAUGCAGUUGGUUUUGUCUUCUGCAUUCUUGGCAUUUCAGUGCUCCAAGUCAGUCAGAACUUUACAGAGGUCUGCAAUUUUCUUGACUGUUUUAAGCAUGUUGUAGAUAAAGUUUUGUUAGUACCAAGUGUCAUUAUUUGUCCUUAAAGUUUUCUACCCUUUCAAUAUAAAAUACUAAUACUCAUGUGCAGUGGCAGUUUUGGUUAUUCCCAAAAAUUGAGGGAAAACAAUGAUGCAAACCACCUUAUAGCAAGUUACUGGAGUUACUUAAGCACAUGUUCAAUAAAAAUUAGCAGUAGGUUAUAGUGAUAAUUUUGUAUUUUCAGAAAAAAAUAUUUUGAAACAAAUUCCUGUUUGUUUUUGUUUUUUUGUUUUUUU